AUGUUGGAGAAGCGGUUAACAAAAUUGGAAGGUCGAUUAGGUCUGCGCAAAGCAGGAAGCGUUACAAAUAUAAAUGAAGAAUUAAUUCUUCUGCGGAAGAAGUUAUCAGAAGCUGGAUGUGGCUUCCUACUAAAAAUUCCGACUGAUGUAUUGACAAAGAUCACUGAUUUAGCAACUCGUAGUGAUUAUUUGACUUCUGCAGAAAAGAAGAGAGAAAUAGAAUUUGGUCAUGAUUUAAUGGUCGAGCGGGUCAAACUGCUGGAAGAGUUUCAGAAAGAUUCCGAGGUUGUGUUCAAAUCCGAAUCAAUUGCAAAUGUAGGUCAUCAUCUCCCAGCGCUCAAUGCUGCUGAAAAGGAAAUCAAUGGAUCGGCUUUAGAUGUGCAAAAACAUCACAGCAGUGUGGUGGAUCUCAAAGAAAAGUUUGUAAUACUUUUGGAGCAGCUCCAUUAUCAAAUUCAAGAGUGGGAAAAUAUUGUAGAGAGGCUUGAACAAGUGAAGAAGAGAGAAGCAAAUGCGUAG